UCACAGCUAAACAUUACGAAUUGGCAAAGACCAGCAAAGACUAUAUAAACAAUAAUUGGCACUGACCUGAAAAAAAGGGUUUGGUUUAUUGUUUUGUGAAUUUUAAUUCUCAGACAUAGAAUAGAAAAUAAUAAAUUAUUACAAAAAGUCUUGUAAUAAUAGUGGUUAGGGUUUAGGAGUUUGUGUACAUUGGGAUCUAAUUUGCUCGAAAUGCCAUCCAAGCAAAGGAAAAUUGCUAUGAUGGGAUACAGAUCUGUUGGCAAAUCUUCUCUAAUCAUACAGUUCGUGGAAGGGCAUUUCGUCGAUUCCUAUGACCCGACCAUAGAAAAUACAUUUACCAAGUUUAUUAGGCUUAACUCAACUGAGUAUGAAGUCAAGUUGGUAGACACGGCUGGACAAGAUGAAUACAGCAUCUUCCCACUUCAGUAUAGUAUGGACUUUCAUGGCUAUGUGUUAGUGUACUCCAUUACUUCAAGUAAAAGUUUCCAAAUUGUGCAAAUAAUUUAUGAUAAACUCUUGGACAUGGUUGGUAAAAUACAUGUACCUAUUGUAUUAGUGGGUAACAAAACAGAUCUGCACUUGGAAAGGAAAAUAAGUACAGAGGAAGGAAAAAGACUGGCUGAAAAGUGGAAUGCUGCUUUUGUGGAAACUAGUGCAAAAAGGAAUGAGUCAGUCACCGACAUGUUUCAUGCAAUGCUAUCAGAAAUAGAGAGAUCAGAUGGACAUAUGCCUGAAAAGAACGGAUGUGUUAUUUCUUAAUGAAAACCUGAAUGGACAAUGCUUACAUAAUAUUUUAUGCAUAAAAUACACACACUGCUAUUGUACUUUGAUUAUUUAAAUAUCAACCUUAGCAAUUUCUUAGUUGUUGUUGUUGAGUUGUUUAGUUUCAAAUUUUAUGUCAAUAUUAAUAGUGUUGCCAGAUGUAUGAACUAAAAUAAAUAUUUGUGAUAACAUUAGGAUUCUUAAGUUUACUUUGGUCAUAAGUAUUGUAGUUAUUUAUAUUGCUUUUUAGUAGUAUUAAAUAAUCCCAGUCAUUAUAAAACAAGUAAACAACAUGUAAAAUAUAUAGAUCUGUGAUAUCUAACUCGCAAUUUUCACCCAAAUUUUUGGUGUAGGAUAAAUCAAUAAAACUUAAAAUAAAAUAUAAUAUGAAAAAUAUUUAUUAAAAACAUCUGGCAACAAAGCUGCUUAUGAUAUAGUACAUGAUACUAUUGUGGAUAAGUUAACAGCUUCAUUAAAACUCAUAUGUCAAUCGUGAUGUUGUUGUACAUGAUCUCUAAGCUUAACUAAAUUGACAGGUCUAAAUCUAGUGGUAUCCUUUCCCACAGCAAGUGUUAUGAAAGGGAUAGCAAUACAUAUUUUAGAUCUGUCACUUUUGUUUAGUUAAGAGAUUGUGAACAACCAAAUUAGCCACAUUGUGACUAAUUCUGUUAUAGAACAAUACACAAUCUCUAAACUAAAUUGACAGCUCUAAAUUUAGUGCUAUCCUUUUCCACAGGGAGUAUUGUGAAAAGGAUUAGACCUGUCAAAAAGUUUAGUUUACCUGCAAAUAAUUAGGCUUCAAAAUUAUUUGAAGCUAAGGCAAUUAAUUCUUUGGCUUCAAAAACAGUUAUACAAAUUACAAAUUCUUUAUCAAACUUGGACAGUUGUGACUAAUUCUGUACACAAUCUUUUAAAUAAAAAAAUAUAUUAAGUAAAAUUAAUGGUUUAAAUGUAUUGCGAUCAUAAUGCUUCCUAUGGAAAAGCAUAGCACUAGAUUUAGCGUCUGCAAUUUAGAGAUAGUGUAUAACAGAAUUAGCCACAUUGAGAUUGGUGACUAAGUAUGUAUUACACAAUCUCUAAACUAAAAUAAUACCUAUUCUAAAUGUAUACAUUUUCUAAACUGGACUAAAAUUAUAGCAAUAUUGUACAAUAUUGCUAUAAUUCAGUUAGUUUCAAGAUUUACAUUAGUUUAGAGAUACUAAAUUUAGUUUAGAAAUUGUGUACAGCAGAAUUAACCGCAGUAAUUGUGGUUAAUGUCACAGAAUUAUUAUCAUAUGAUCUAGAUUUUAUUAUAAGUCUAGUUUGUUUAAACAAAAACUAUUUUAUUAUAAUCAUACCUUAAAAUAUGCUUUCAUAGUUUUUGCAUAAUAAGCUGUAAUUUAAAUGUACAUAGUUCAGAUAUAUCUAGGUACGUAUUUUAUGCACUUGAAUUACGAUUAAUAAUAAUUGUUGUAAUUCAAAGCAUCAGUGAAGUGAGUCUAAUGUUAUGAGUGGCUAUAUUCUUUUAUUAUUA